GCAGCAGCAGUCACAUGACGGAUGGUUACUUCCUGUUCCUCGGCUGUUUACCGUUAUUAGUAUACAGGAGAAACAGAGAAAAUAAAGGAUCUGCUUUGCUUUCCAGCGAUCCUUUUCAUCUUGACAGUGAGGACUGGUUUGAACAAAAAACAGCGGGGAAUACAUACAACCGUCAACCUGUCCGUAAAUCGUGUUCACUGUUAUCUAGACUGCGGGGAGAUGACCACCGGAGGGGCGGGUAGCUAGUUGACUGGAUAAACCGACUACAUCGCCCGCCCUUUCGAUUUAGAAAAGAAACUAAUGCAGCUUUUUGUCUGCUAGAAGACACCCAACCGCUGCUUUUCUUCCUCGCCGUGACUUGUGUUUAUUAACGUUAACAUUAGCAGCAAGUGGUGGCUAAUUGACGUUAGCUCUCUUUUCCCAAACAACCCGCCAUCGAUAUGUCAAAAUACACAAGCUUUCCAGAGCCGAUGGACGACCACAACCCUUUCCAAGACCCUGCAGUGACUCAACACAGCAGCAACACAGGAUAUGCCACACUGGACCUUUACAACCCAUUUGAUAAUACUACUGGGCCUCCACCUCCGUAUGAAGCCACCUCUCCCUCUGCUCCAUCUGUGCCUGCACAGACCCCACCCAGCAGGACUACACCCACUGAGCCUCGCAACUAUGGCUCCAAUUUCUCCCAGACUGCAGUGAAUGCUACCACAGCAGAGCUCCUGAAGAAGCAGGAGGAGCUGGAGAAGAAAGCCCAGGAGCUGGAGAGGAGAGAGAGAGAGCUUGAGUCACACAGCCUGGGACCUGGAGCCUCCCGUCAGAAUAACUGGCCCCCACUGCCUUCAUUUUGCCCUGUGGGCCCCUGCUUCUACCAGGACAUCAAUGUCGAGAUCACUCAGCGCUUCCAGCGCACCGUCACCAUCAUGUAUUACUUCUGGAUAUUAUGCACUUGCACGCUGUUCUUCAACCUGAUCUCCUCCAUGGCCAUGUUCUGCGUGGACCCGUCGGGUGGUGUUGGCCUGGGCCUCGCCAUCCUCUGGGGCCUCCUCUUCACCCCCUGCUCCUUCAUCUGUUGGUACCGACCCAUGUACAAAGCCUUCAGGAGUGACAGCUCCUUCAAUUUCUUUGUCUUCUUCUUCGUUUUCUUUGCCCAAGUGGUUGUCUCCGUCAUCAUGACUAUUGGUAUCCCUGGGUGGGGUUUCAGCGGUUGGAUCGUGAGCCUGGCUGCUCUGAAGACCAGUGUCCCUGUUGGUGCGAUCAUGAUGAUGAAUGCCGUCCUCUUUACUGCCCAAGCAGCCAUGGGAGUUGUCAUGCUGAAGAAGGUCCACAGUCUAUACAGGCAGACUGAUGCCAGCUUUCAGAAGGCCCAGGCUGAGUUCGCCACCGGAGUCAUGUCCAAUCAGGUCGUACGCCAAGCUGCCACCAGUGCUGCCACCAGCGCUGCCACCAGCGCUGCCCAGGGGGCCUUCACCGCACCUCGAUAGAGAGGGACAAGUGGGGUAGGGAGGGUAGAGAAAUGGAGGAGGAGGAGGAGGGCCCUUUCAGCUUAAUGGAGGAUCUGUUUUGUAUUUAUUUCCCCACAGGUAAUUAGAAUUUGUUUUAGGGGGGUGACUGAGUCUGUAUAUUUAUCUAAGCAACUGAACUACAGGGCACUUGCAUGAGACAGAGGUGGGGUUUACAGGACAAGUUAGCUACAUUGGAGUCAACAAAUUCAAAAAAAGAUAGUUUGAAAUGUGAAAAGAAUAAGAUGCCUAAGCUGUAUGAAAUGUAGCGCAUUCGGACCAAGUGUCAGUGAAUGCAGGGAAAACACUUUUGUUGUAUGAAAAGACAAGCUGUGUGCCAAGUCGGACAGUUCUAGCCUGGAUAGUUCCCAUUUUUUAAUGACUUAGUCUAGAUGUACAUUGUGUUUAUGCAGGGCCAUGUUUGAGUUGGAGCUGAACACUGAAAUGUUGCCAUUCUAACAUUUGAUCCAUAACUGAGCUGCUCAACUUUGGCCAACGCUAAUUUUUUGUGUCUUAAAUGUAAACUAACAAAGCUUUGUUAUUAUUCCAAAUGAGAAUGCGUAUUCACUUCAUUUGCCAAAACCUCUUUUACUGUAAAGAUUAUAAACGUGUUGUUUCAGUUACAAUAUACCUGUCACUGUUUUGUUGGUGCUGCUUUUGGUUAUUGUUAUUAUUACAGGUCACUGUCUUGGUUUUAAUAAAAAUGUAAUGUCAUGCUUA